AUGGAGUCUUGGGAGCACUCCACCACACCAAUGAUCAAGUUCGAGGACUCGCCAGCCGAGUCUUUCGUCUCGACACCAGGCGACAUGUACCCGUCACUCUUCCCAGAGUCCGCCUCCCCCAACACCCUCGAUCCUUCCGACAUGAUGAGCCCUUCCUCACCGCAAGACCUCACCAUUGCCGACUCGGACAUGCCUCUCUCCGAGGCUUCCGUCGGCGACAAGAAGGGGUCUAAGAAGCGCAAGUCCUGGGGUCAGGUCCUUCCAGAACCCAAGACCAACUUGCCGCCCAGGAAACGAGCCAAGACCGAGGAUGAGAAGGAGCAGCGUCGUGUGGAACGCGUUCUGCGCAACCGCCGUGCUGCCCAGUCUUCGAGGGAGCGUAAGAGGCUCGAGGUCGAGGCCCUCGAGAUGAAGAACAAGGAGCUCGAGACUGCCCUGAACCACGCACAACAGGCGAACGCCAGGUUAAUGGAGGAGCUUACUAAGUUCCGCCGUGGUUCCGGUGCCGUCGCCCGCUCUUCCUCCCCCUUUGACUCAUUCCACAACAGCAACUCGGUCACCCUCUCCCCCGAGCUGUUCGGCUCACAAGACGGCCGUCGGCCAUCAGUGGCCGACUCCGAGUCGACACUCGUCGACGGUCUGAUGGCGGCAUCCAAAUCCGCCGCGACCGUCAACCCCGCCUCCCUCUCGCCCGCCCUCACUCCCGUCCCCGAGACGGAUGAGACCAGCGCCCAGCAAGAAGCUGCCGUGGCCGCCCCCUCCCCUGUCGCCCUUUCCUCCGACGUGACACAACUCGUGGGUGGCCUCACAGACUUCCCUGCACCCAACAUGGACUUUGUACCUUCAGCUUCAGAUGCUCAUGAUCACUUCCUCGGCGGUCAUUACAGCGUGUCAGAGGCCUUUGAUGCAGAUCGCUAUGUCCUUGAGAGCGGGCUUCUCUCUUCCCCCAACUCAGUCGAUUAUGACAACGAUAUUAUGGCUGGUGACUCGUCCGCGUUCGCAUCCGCGUUCAACUUCGACAUGGACGAGUUCCUCAACGAUGAGGCCAGCGCAGCCGCCACUGACGCGUCAGCAGCGGAGAACAGCGCAGCGGACCCGGACUACAGCCGCCGUGCCCCUAACCCUGAGACUCAAGUCUCUUCAGAAAAUCCUAACCUGCAGCCCCAAUCUGGCGCGUCCACUUAUGGAUGCGACGAUGGAGGCAUUGCGGUUGGUGUCUGA